AUGCCAGCUUUGGGUCUGAACACGGGAGCGCCGCUCAGGAAGUGGGUGCAAAAAGAUGCACCUGGCUAUGCUUUUGGCUUCACAGCAACGCCAAGUGACCUCGCGAGGGCGCAGCCAAGCGCCGCGGAAGCUAAGGCAGGGAGUAUCGAACGGCUGGAAAAGAGGGGGAAGGGGAAAAUGAAAGCAGGGGGAGCGAGCCCCGGGGAACCUAGCUCAGGAGAGCAGAGCCCGGAGGAGCCCACCGAGCCGCCCCUGGGCCCCGACGUCUCGCUCAGACUUUCCGCGGAGACCGUGACCCUGGCUGCUUUCGCUCUCAGUUUGUUCGCCCUUUCGUGCUCUGUCCUCCCGCCUCUGAGGAUCGCAAACUUGCCCCUUCCUGACGCCGUUCUUCUCCACAUAUUGCUGACGUCAAACGCCAUCUACCUCGAAUGGGCGGCGCUGCAAUCAUUCAAGAACGGCACAGCUACGACGGGCAGGCUGCUGACGCGGCACCCGGGGCUUCCCCCCGACUGGCACAUGUUAUCCGACCCCAAAACUCAACUCGGGGGACUCCUGCAGCCAGUCGUGACGAUCGGGCUGUACUUGAGCACAGUCGUAACGGUCUACUGCUUCUCGCGCGGUCUCUACGGGGGCCAACUAGGUGUGGGGACGAGUUUCUUCCUCUCGGCGGCUUUCCUCACGCUUCCACAGCCGCUGCUCCUCCUAGUUAUUGCGCUCAGUUCACGGCCUUCCUUCCUGAACGGAAUUGUUGCCGCUCGGUGCGAGUCAGCUCUCUGCGUCACGCUCCUCAUCAGUGUUCUCCCCGGGCUCUUCUCCACCCUCGGAACAAUCCACCGGGCUGCCGAAGCGCGCCUGCCUCGUUGCCGUCUUCCCUGGAACUGCGAGUGUUUCCUGCGACUCCUGGUCGCUCUUUGCCCCGCCCUCAGUUCGAGGCUCCACCCCUACGCCCUCAGACUGGACUACGCCCGGGUGGCGCUUCUCCCGCUACCCUAUAGUGUUCCCCUUCCGGUGCCCGUACCACGCUGGGAACUCUUGAAGUCUUCCUGGAGAGCGCUUUUGUACGCCGCGCCGAUGGUACUCCCCCUGGCGCGGCUGCUCGCGGCCGCGCCGAUGGGUUUACCAGCGCGCACAUUUUGCACCCUGGUUGUUUGGUCGAGGCCGGUGCAGAUCAGUGCGUGUGUCUCGGCCGUCACUUUUCUGCUCGGGCGACAGAGGGCGGCGUACGAGGUCGCUUUGGAGGAGAAGAACAAGGAAGAAGAUGCGGAGGUCGAGACCUUGGACAAAAUGCUGCUUCAGGAGUUUGACAGCAGGAUGCUGGAUCACACAUAA